CCAGUAACUAAAACCAGAAAAAAGCGAAAAUUCUUUCCAACCAGUACCAUCCUGCCAGUAUCCAAACCAGUCAGCCUGCCGUCUGAGAACCCGCCUUCCGUGGUUCAGCCUGGUGCCUCGGCACCCGCAAUUCAGCCUGAUGAACUGAUCCAGCGUAAUGAUCCUAUCAUGCCAGAUGACCUGAUGCCUGCCAGACGAUCCAAUGCCUGAUGACCCAGUGCCCGCUGUCAUACCUGGUGACCCGAUGCCCGCUGUCGAGCCAGACGAUCCAAUGCCUGAUGACCCAGUGCCCGCUGUCAUGCCUGGUGACCCGAUGCCCACUGUCGAGCCAGAUGACCCGAUGCCUGAUGAGCCCGGUGCC